UCGUCGUCUCCAGAGGCAUCACGAAAUUUCCUUUCUCCCGAAUUUAUACACUUUCGAAAACCUAAAAUUCAAUCCCGGUCAUUUCAGUGAUAAAUUUCUUGAAUCAACAAGAAUUUCUCUAAUUCGUUGCGAAGAUGUGGGGCUACGAUAAGAAUGACGUGGAAUCAGGCCGCCAGCCUCUCUACCCGAUGAUGCUGGAGAGCCCGGAGCUCCGCUGGUCGUUCAUUCGCAAAAUCUAUUCGAUUGUCAGUAUUCAGCUGCUUCUCACCAUCGCCGUCGCCGCCGUUGUCGUCACUGUCCACCCGAUUUCGAAUUUCUUUACCACCACUACGACCGGGCUGGUUCUCUACAUUUUGCUUGUGAUCACACCUUUCAUUGUAUUGUGCCCGCUAUAUUCGUAUUACCGGAGCCAUCCGUUGAACUAUAUACUGCUCGCCCUGUUCACGGUGUCACUCGCAUUCGCAGUCGGACUCUCUUGUUCUUACACCAAUGGGAAAGUUAUCCUGGAAGCUUUUGUCUUGACUGCAGUCGUGGUCGUCAGUCUAACUCUCUACACAUUCUGGGCGGCCAGAAGAGGUUACGAUUUUAAUUUCCUUGGACCCUUCCUGUUCGGAGCUAUCAUCAUACUUAUGCUGUUUGGAAUAAUUCAGAUAUUUUUCCCAAUGGGCAAAAUAAGCACAAUGAUCUACGGUGGGCUUGGAGCUAUAAUAUUCUGUGGAUACAUAGUCUAUGACACCGACAAUCUAAUCAAGCGAUAUGGGUAUGAUGAGUAUAUCUGGGCUUCUAUUGCGCUUUACCUAGACGUCAUCAAUCUCUUCCUAUCUCUACUCUCAGUGUUCAGAGCUGCAGAUUCGUAGAAGGUGGUACAUGUUAUUUUUCAUUUAUUUCUUGUUUACACGUCUAUCAUUUACGUUGGUGUAGUAUGGUACAGUAUUGAAACCCGGUUGAAUCAAUUUAUCAUAAAAGCUGAAGCUGCUGGCAUGCUGAUUUAGUGCCGCUUUUGUAGUUCGAAUCUGUGAUGCCAUGCAAGUUUUGUGCUGAUA